CCCCCUUGAUCACAUCUUCUUCAGUGCUCCUGAUAACUGCAUUAAUUUCACCAUCUUCCCCAUCCCCACCUCCAAACCCCACGAGAGCUCCUCGUCACCUAUUCAAUUUCCUUCCUUCUCUACAUCUCUCUCUAUCUCAUACUUCCACUCUAUGCCUCCCAAAGCACUCAAUCCAUCUCUGGAAAUCUUUUCUUCCUAACUGCAACCAAAAUCUAACAAAUGACCUUUUCCAUUAGAGCGCAAUCCUAAGCCAAACCAAACCAAAAACCCUCAAGAAGCCUCUCAGAGAAGACAUGAACCGAAACCCGAGCAAAAAGUUUGAUUGAGAGAGACUGAGAAAAAAAGGAGACACUUUUGAAAGCUUUGUGCAUUUCCUCUCGAUUCUUCGUUCAUGGGCUGCACUUCUUCAAAACCCAACACCCUUUUCCCGGAAAACCCCUCUCAUCCUUCUUCUUCUCCAUCUUCUGCUUCAUACUCUUCAAAUUCUUCACCAUGGGUCCCCAAAGCUCUCUCCCUCCCAACCCCACUUGUUCACCACCCACCUCUUAGAAAGGGUGAUACCCAUCACCUUGUAUCUCUCACCUCCACUACCUAUGGUUCACUCCUCCUCAUUGACCGCCCUAAACCCCCAAAAAACCCUAAAUUGAAUGGUCACGAUCUCACUGAUCACCACAACACUACCCAGAUAAACCCAGACCCAGAGCAUUUAUCCCCAGACUCUGUAAUCAACACCUGGGAACUCAUGGACGGCCUCGACGACUUCGACUCCGAUUCUGAAAAGCCAGUUUCUUCGAUUUUUGACCGCCCAGUCGCCAUCCCGAACAAACCCAGCUCGUACCAGUACACGGGCUGUGAUGGGUCACAGAAAAAGCUACUUGAUUUAUUUGAAUCAGUGAAAAGCUCGGAUGUUGUCUCUGGGAAUUCAGAGCAUGCGACGAAACCGCUGUGGCAGCAUUUAUCUGAGGAAGCUUUGCUUGCUAAAAUGGACCACAAUGUGGUUUCUAGCUAUAGGCGCGCAUUGUCAUCGAGGCAAUUGCAUAUUCAGUCCAGAAGAAUGCAAUCCCUGGAGUUUAGUCCUACGAGCUAUUCAUUUUCCAAUGGUUGGUACCGUUCGCCAGGCAGUGAAGAGAGAAUUGUGAUCUAUUUUACAAGUUUGAGAGGAAUUCGAAAGACUUACGAAGAUUGUUCUUCGGUCAGGAUGAUAUUUAGGGGCUUUAGAGUGCCCGUAGACGAGAGGGACAUUUCGAUGGAUUCAGAGUAUCGAAAGGAAUUACAAAGAGCGCUUGGAGGGAAGGCAGUGAGCUUGCCACAAGUGUUUAUUAGGGGAAACCAUGUUGGGGGUGCAGAGGAGGUCAAGCAACUCAAUGAGGUCGGAGAAUUGGCCAAGCUUUUAGAGGGGUUUCCGAUACUGGAUCCUGGGUUUGUAUGCAAGGGGUGUGGAGAUGCGAGGUUUGUGCCGUGCCCAAAUUGCAGUGGCAGUCGGAAGGUGUUUGAAGAGGAGGAAGGAGAAUUGAGGAGGUGCCCGGAUUGCAAUGAGAACGGCUUGUUACGGUGCCCGGGUUGCUGCUCAUGAAUGUGGAUGGAUGGUGCUAAAAUCCUGAAAAAAAUUAUUAAAAGCUCUUGGUCUUUGUUCGGAGAAAUUCCUGAAAAUGUUGGUGUUGCCACCAAGAAUGCCAUGAACUUAAAUAUGUUCAAGACUUUCUUUGAAUUUUGUUUUUUUUCGUCUGUCUAUGUUUGUUAGGCUUGUGGUUUCUACUGUUCAUUCUCUCCCUGAACAACAUGAAGUAAAACUUUAUUUAUUUUUUC